AUGAGUUCUCUCUACAAGCCGAUCAAGGCUUUCACGCCGUCGCCCAUAUUCCGAUCUGUGCGACCUCAGUUCCACGCACCUUGUCAACGCAUUGCAGGUCAGCGUCGAAGCAUAACAAUCAAACAACUCGAAGCAUCCCGAAACGAUCGCGAACGAGUUGUGAUUCUCGGAUCUGGCUGGGCGGGAUACAACUUGGCCAGGAGUCUCGAUCCUAAGAAGUUCCAGACUGUCGUCGUCUCACCUCGUUCCUAUUUCGUAUUCACACCUUUGCUCGCCUCCACCAGUGUCGGGACACUCGAGUUCCGUACAGCACUGGAACCAGUGCGUACCCGGAACAGCAAGUACGAAUACAUCCAAGGCCGAGCAGAUGGUAUUGAUCCAGGCAAGAAGCAGAUCCUCGUGCGAGAGACUGUGCGAUGUCCGAACCAAGGUCUUCUAUCUACAAGAGCGGGUGAGAUCGAGGAUAAACGGCCUUUGCAGUUGAAGUUAGAGGCCAGUCGUGGAGAGCUGUUUUCGAUGGCUUAUGAUAAGCUCGUCAUCGGUGUUGGAUCGUACAGCCAGACCUUUGGGAUACCAGGCGUCAAAGACAAUGCAUAUUUCUUGAAAGAUGUGCAGGACGCGAAGAAGAUUAGAGAUAAGCUGCUCUCCUGCUUCGAGACUGCUGCGUUGCCCACCACUCCAGUGGCUCUCAAGAAGCAGCUGCUCAACUUUGCCAUUGUUGGCGGAGGACCGACUGGGAUUGAGUUCUCAGGAGAGCUGCAGGAUAUUGUCAGAGAAGACAUGUCGAAGCUCUAUCCCCAACUGAUGGAACACGUGAAGAUUACCGUCUACGAUGUCGCUGAUAAGAUCCUUCCCAUGUUUGAUGAGAAGCUGAGCAAGUACGCGCAAGAAAAUGCAGGCCGGGAAGGAGUGACGAUCAAGACCAGCCAUUCGAUCACAGAGCUCAAACGCGGCUUCCCGCGAACCGCUGGAGCAGGAACAGCCGACUACCACGAUGAUGUCAAGGCCAGUGGGUUCACUUUGGCGCUCAAGAACGGCGAAGAGUCCGAAGUGGGAUGUGGGCUCGUGGUAUGGAGCACAGGGCUCAUGGCGAACCCGUUCGUGGAAAAGGCAUUGAGCUCGUCCUUCGUUGCGCCUGCCAGCUGUGUGCGCAUGCUGUCUGAUAUCAACGCCAGUCCGCGAUCCAGCGAUGCCAAUUGGAAGGUGCAACGGCACCCACGCAGCGGCAGCAUCAUCACCGAUGACUUUUGCAGAGUGCAGCUAUCAGCGGCAGACUCGGAACAGGGCAAGCCUGCGGCAGUGCUACGCGAUGUGUACGCUCUGGGCGAUUGCGCAGUGAUUGAAGGCACCUCGUACCCCGCGACUGCCCAGGUUGCGACGCAGAAGGCAAAGUGGCUCGCGAAGAAGCUCAACAAGGGUGAUAUUAAUACCCGGGGCUUUUCCUUUCAAAGUCAAGGCAUCAUGGCCUACGUGGGCGCGUAUCGUGCCAUUGUCCAGUUGAACAAACCGCAGGGCAAGAUCUCUGGCAGAGCGGCGUGGAUCAUGUGGAGGGGCGCGUAUUUGACCAGAGCGAUAUCCUGGCGCAACCGCGUGCUGAUUCCCAUGUUUUGGCUGCUGAACUGGGCAUUUGGAAGGGACAUCUCCAGGUUUUAG